AGCAUGAGUGUGCAGUUCAGCGGUGCAGCAACGGAGUGUAUCAUCAGCACAUGUGCAGUCGGACUGAAAGUCUCACAGAGUGACAGGAUGAUGAAAGCCACAAAACUGUAAGAAGGCCAUUGAGAGAAGGAGUCGUUUUCCUGACCUCAGCUCACCCACUCAGACAAUCCUGGUUAUCAAAUUCAGUCAGGGUCAUCAGCGUCCUUGAGACGGAAACACAGUGUCUUCACAGCGAUCAGGAGGAUGAGCGCCUGAAGGGGAGAAAACAGGCGCUCAGUGAGGAUGGACAAGAGGAACAAAACCGUGAUGGUGAUGAUGUUUAUUCUUUGUGCUAUUUCAGACACAGAGGCAGAGUACCUCACUCGGGAUGUAUGCACCACAUGUCAUGCUAAUGCUACAUGUGAGGACAAGUUUGACGGCUCCGGAAAAGUCUGUAACUGCAAAUAUGGCUUUGUUGGAAAUGGAAUAACCUUCUGUCAAGACAAAGAUGAGUGUCAGAUUGGAACCAGUAAGAUCUGUGGGCCGCACACCACCUGUCAUAACACGUAUGGCAGCUACUACUGCAGGUGCCUGAGCGGCUACAGUCCUUCAAACAACAUGAGCAUCUUCAUCCCAAACGAUGGGACCCAUUGUCAGGAUAUUAAUGAGUGCAGGAUCUCUGGCCUGUGUGGAAGUGGAGCUCUGUGCAGGAACCUGGAUGGCACGUUUGAGUGCAGCUGUCAGCCGGGAUACAGAGUCCAAAACGGGGCCGACCCUUUUCAACCGCACACAGACACAGCUUCCUGCAAAGUCACUGACUGCGGCCGCCCCCCCUCGGUGGAGGACACGGUGCUGCUGUCCGUCACAGGCACCACGUAUGGCAGCACGGCAGUGUUUGGGUGUGACGAAGGCUUCAAGUGGACGGGUGGGGACAACACGUCUGUGUGCGGAGACAAUGGACUGUGGACCAGACCAACCGUCCUCUGUGAAGAGAUAAAAUGUGGGACUCCUCCUUUGAUUGAAUCCACUGAGCAGGUGUGGAACAGUAGCGCCACCCCUGGCAGCACUGUGCUCUACACCUGUACAGAAGGGUUUUACAGUGGAGGCGGACUGAACGUAUCACUCUGUAAUGAAGAUGGUCAGUGGACAUUUCCGACCAUCUCAUGCAAAGAAGUAAGCUGUGGCGCCCCGCUAACCCCUCGUCAUACUAACCUGCUGUGGGAUGGCACCAGCAGACCGGGCGCUGUGGUGCUGUAUGAGUGUGUGGAUGGAUUUUACCUGCACAGUGGGGAUAGUGUUUCCACGUGUUUAAUAUCAGGAGAGUGGGCGAAAGUAUCAGUGCAGUGCAAAGCUAAAUGUGGGCCGGUUCCACUUCUCACAAAUGCAGAGGUGGUUUGGGAAAACAGUAGCAUUGUGAUCCACCGCUGUGUGGACGGAUAUCACAGCUGGAGGGGCAACAACGCUUCCGUGUGCAGCAACUCUGGGAUGUGGCAGAAAGCAACACUGAGGUGCAUUGAAAUCAAACCAGCUGUCAAUCACGUGUUUGUUUUGAAUGAAAAUUGUGUGCAGUGGAACGCAGAGAAGUACGAGGACGACACCGAGGUCUAUCAGGUAACAUAUUUUGGCUCCAGAGAUUUCCAGAGAUCCUUCCAUCACAAACGAAAACAGUUUCUCAGCUCCAAAUCUGACCAGCUGCAGCUGUGCCUGAAGCUGCAUCCACUCACCAACUACAGCAUCUCCAUCACUGCCGUGUCUGCCAGGUUCACCGCCACCGUCACCACAAACACCAGUUUAACAGCCCCUCCAGCACCAGUCGUCUACUACACAGAGUUUGAGUCUCCUGCGUCAACUCUGAGGCUGCACAGAUCAGCAAACACACUGGACCCCAUCAGUAUUUACCAAGUGUUAGUGCUGCCUGUAGAGCAGAUUCUGGUGUUUGACUGUUCCUCAAGUCCACAAACUGUCAGCAAAUCCCCAAUAAACUACCUCAGAGCCCAGAUCCUCGUCAGACACAUCGGGACUGAGAUGAACUUCACUGUGGGGGACGGACUCUACUACGGAGGAGUCUUUAACGCUCCACUGCAGAACGGAAUGAACUAUUACAUCGUCCUACGCACUGUCAGCCAGUGGAAAACAGAUAUAAAAAGUUCGUGUGUUCUGUGGGCUAAAAUAAAAGGUACAAACUACAUUCUGAAGGUUUCAGCGCUGUCUGCUGCUGCUUCAAUAGGACUUGUUGCUUCAGUCAUUUUCGGAGGAUACGCUUACAGCUGGUUUCUUAAGAAGACGUGAUCUUUGGCACUGAUGAUUCGUCUUUUUAUUUAUCAGUUUCAUUGAUGAAA